CUCCAACCCAGCAACAUUUUUUUAUAGAAAUAAUUUCCUAAUUACCAAUAUAAGCAAGCAGAAAUAGCUUGUUAUCUGUAUGUGGAAUAUUAUUGAGUUCAUUUGAGAUGACAGAGCAUGAAAUAACCGUAGAAUGCAUUGAUCCUGUCUCAAAACCAGGAAGCUAUGUAAACAAAGCAUUUGAACAGGAGGAAAAGAGUACGAACCAGGAAAUAGAAACAGCCACAGACGAGACUCCACAAUCGUCAUCGGGUUUAUUAUAUGGAUUGAACGACGUACCCUCAUGGUAUCUUUGUAUAGCUUUCGGGCUACAGCAUUACUUGCUCGCUAUCGGGUCCUUGGUUGGCGUUCCUUUGAUACUUGCUUCAAUGUUGUGCAUUCCUAAUGACGCAAUGGGUGACGUCGGUCGUGCCAGUUUGAUCAGCACAACGUUCGUGGUGUCCGGGGCAUGCACAUUGAUUCAAACCACCAUAGGAAACAGGCUACCGAUUAUGCAAGGAAACUCAUUCUCGUUUCUUCCACCCUCGAUCGCUAUUUUAUCGCUCCCGCAUAACCAGUGCCCUCCUGCGCUUCCUAUCGGUUACAUGAAUACGACUGUGACGCUGUACAACGACAGUGGUCUCAUCGUCGAUGGAGAAGAAGUAUGGCAUCGCAGAAUGAGAGAAGUACAGGGAGCUAUUGCGGUUGCCGCUAUUUUAGAAGUUAUUCUAGGUGCGACAGGAGCAAUCGGGUUUCUUAUGAGGUAUAUCGGCCCACUGACCAUCGUACCUACUAUCACGUUAAUCGGGUUAGACCUUUUUGCAACUGCGGCCAACAAUGCCAAAGUACAAUGGGGAAUUGCUUUUUUCACAAUUGUCGUGUUGACUCUAUGUUCCCAGUACUUGAAAAACGUGACCAUUCCCUUUACAAAGUUCAGUUUUCAUCGUCGAAAAUGUUACAUCGGGAAAAGUGGAUUCUUUAGAAUGUUCCCGGUACUGAUUGCUUUAUUAUCGGCGUGGUUGCUCUGCUACAUAUUUACCAUUACAAAUGUAUUUCCAAAUGAUGCAACCAAGCCAUAUUAUAGAGCAAGAACAGAUAUUCGAUCCAAUGUUAUACAUAAUAGUCCAUGGUUCCGCUUUCCCUACCCAGGACAAUGGGGUUUACCUGUUGUUACAGUCGGUGGUUUUAUUGGAAUGCUGGCUGCUAUAAUAGCGGGUACUGUUGAAUCGAUUGGUGAUUACCACGCUUGUGCUCGCCUUGCUGGUGUACCACCACCUCCAAGUCAUGCCUUGAACAGAGGAAUAAUGAUGGAAGGAAUCGGAGUUAUGCUGGCUGGACUUAUCGGUACUGGAUCUGGGACAACCUCGUUCAGUCAAAAUGUUGCCGCAAUCGGGAUAACUCGUGUAGGAAGCAGAAGAGUUCUUCAAACUGCAGGUGUCCUGUUUAUGAUUCUUGGGUAUUUCAGUAAGUUCGGAAGUAUAUUUGUCACUGUACCUGAUCCUGUUAUUGGAGGAAUGUUUUACAUUAUGUUUGGAAUGAUAUCAGCGGUCGGACUAUCUAAUCUGAAGUACGUUGACCUCGAUUCGAACAGAAACAUCUUUGUCAUUGGAGUCUCCUUGUUUAUGGGGUUGUCUGUGGCAAAUUGGGCCAAAGCAAAUUCUUCUGCCAUCAAUACUGGAGUCACUGAACUGGAUCAAAUAUUCACAAUCAUUCUGUCGUCCGCCAUGUUAGUAGGAGGGGUGGUAGGAUUUUUCCUGGACAACACUUUGCCAGGUACUGAAUCGGAGCGUGGUUUAAAAGCUUUUAACGUUCACCACAAAGAAAGCGAAAAUAAAGAGAGCGGCGAUUUAUCUGAAAUUGAUGAAAGUUAUAAUCUUCCUUUUCCGACUACUUGUUGCAGGUUUUCCCGUUACUUUCCGUUUAUGCCCGGUUACAAAAGCAAUGCAGAAAAUUCGGCAGAAAACAACCCUAAAGAGUAGAAACGAACGGCAGAGUUUAAACGUUUUAAACAAUGUUUAAACGUCUUUUCAGUGACUUUUUGUGUAGACUUUCUCGCUUAAGACAACAGCGACGCCUUGACUAUUGGCGUUGGGUUUGAAAAACUUAUGGGUAGUUUAAAAUGCUUUUCCUGACUCCCUUUUUAAAUAAAACGGUUUUCCUAUUUUAUACUUUGUAUGGACUCGCUUACAAAUUAUCGUGCACGUAACUUUGCUUGUGAUUAUUUCUGUAUGGCUAACAAAACAACCUAAUCUACCUAUAUAUUCACAUACUUAGGCAAAUUUACACUGGUACUGAUUUAUUAAUAAAAACAGAUGUUGGGUACGCAAUGGUA